CGCUUUUAGCACAGCGGCGCGGCGAGCCUGGCUGCAGCUUUGCUUUUUAGCGGGCGCCUCCGCCACUGCGCUGCCCGGGCCGGGCAGGCUGCACGGGCUCUUGCCGCGUCGGCAUCGCCGUGGAUUACGAUCAAUGACGAAAUUCCGGGCCGCUCGGCUGGGCUGGGGGGGCCGGGCCCUACCAGGUUAUGCCUGGCUAUUGCCUAGCCGGGGUGCCCAGCCCGGGCACUGUGCGCCGUGCCGUGAGUGAAGGCCUGGAAGAUAGACGAAUGAUAGGCUGUGCAGCGGCUCUUCGAGAGUAGAGUACACGAUGGGAGCAAAGGUCCGGGCGGGUGAAGACAUGUGCCUCAAGACGUGGCCGCGCAUCCGCGGAUACAUCGACGUGCGGUGUGGUGGUGUGCCAUUGGACGUGACGAAUUGUUGUGACAUUGCCUACGUCUACUUCGACUCGGCGCGUCCGACCCUUGCGGGACUGGUUGGGCACGGAGCCUGCCACCUGCCAGCGCUACUGGCGGUGGCAGUGACACACGGAACCCGACCGGACAGACAGCAGAACUCACCAGUAGCGUGGGGCGGACCGAAUACCUCCGCGCGGGAGAGUUGCGAGAAGAUUACUCUGCGAUGGCACUAUGCGUGACAAACGCUGCAGUUGCGCUCGACGGCGUCGCCGUCGUCAGGCUGAAACCUCGCCCAGGGGCUGCUCGCUCGCGGCCGCAAGCUGCCCCUUCUGCUAUCGGCACCUCACCAAGUCUCACCUGUCGAUUGCCUCAUUCUCGUUCUCGAAGGGCAACGGAUGCAGUCCGAGCCCCUACCCCACGACACGACUCCCGCCAGCGAGGGGCUCCCAGGCUCCAGGAGGUCCAGCGGUCAGCUGAUCGUCUUCAGGCCGUGCAACCACUGCAUGGCGACGACGUUACUUGUCUGCUAAACGAGAGAAUCAAGGACAUGGUUCAGAGAUUGUAGUGGUAGCGUUUCCUUAAUGUCCCCGUCUAAUGAAGGUGCAUGUAAGACGAUUAGAAAGGUUCCGGCAAAGAGCUACGAUGGAAAAUAAGAAAGAUGACAGCGAUGUAGUUGCGUCCUCUCUCGCCACCGUCAUUAGACAAAGUCUUAAUGCACCCUUCAGAAGAGAGUGUCUCCUGCUUCUUGGGGUCACAAACAUUCGAGAAGCUGAAGAGAAAAUAAAUCUGUUAUUGAAAUCUAGAGAAAUAGAGAAGAGGGUUACCAAAACGGCUAUUGACAUGAAGAAAACGAUCACCUCUGAAGGCGGUCAGCAAAGUUUAGUGCAGGAAUUAGAGGAGAAUGUCAAAGGGCAUACAGUACCCGAUAAAAUAGAUUCUUCAGUGCCUCACCCUGACCUAGGCAUCAAGCUGGAAAUUGCAGUUCCAUUAAUAAUCAAAGAGAACAAUUAUGUAAAGUGUGAUGCUCAAUCAACUGAACUUCAUUCAGAUGAAGAAGCACAGCUUGACUGGGAAGUUGAACAACUCUAAGAUUCAAAUUGAGAUCCAAGAGUAGACAGAAUAUAUCAAGUUUUAAUUUUGGCAAGGUAAAAAUCUUCAUGGUGUGUUCCGAAGAUGUUCACAGAUUUUAGAGAGAUAAAUCUCGAAUGGGUGUGAAAUAUAAGAACACAUUUCUCUCAUAGCCAUGCCUUUAUUUUAGGAGAUGAUGAAUAUCAUAAAAUAUGUAGUAUGCAAACACAUCUGAAGUGUCAAGACUUGCAGUGUUGCCAUAUAAAUGUAAAAAGCUCACUUUUAAUAAAGCCAAUAAUAAAAAAUAGAGUAACAAAUGCAAAAGAUGCAAAUUUUAACAAUUCAUUUUUAAUGGUAUUCAUAAGAAACAAGGCAGACCACAUGUAAGUGUAUCUGACAUCAAAGCUCAUAACUAACCAUGUAAAUGAUAGUAUUAAAUGGAAACAACAUUCAAUGAGCCAAAAGUUAAUCAAAGAUAAUACAAAAGCUAAUAAAUAGGUAAACUUUGCCUUCAUAUUUAUUUUAUAAGUCACACAUCAAAAAGAAAAGAUUAGGAGUGCAAAUACUACACACUUACAUUUUGUCAAAAGCAAACUGGUAUUCAAAGACUGAUCAAAUUAAGCCAUAAAGUAUUUUAUCAAAUCUCAGAAAAAUUUCAGCAAAAUUUUGAAAAUUUUCCCAUUACAGAGCAUUAUGGCUAAGCCACAACUUUAUGUGGAGGAUAGGCACAUAGAUUCUUUUUGUACGCAUUAAUAUCAGAAAUAAAAUAUUCUUUAGAAUGCA